CCGACGGAAAGGUAACAGGUUGCAGACAGUCUCUCUCUCUCUCUCUCUCUGCGCACAAUGAACUUGUUGCUGUGUUAAUCUGCGUAGGAAACUGCUCUUUUCCUCCCACUUUUUCUUGCGUGGACAUUGAUGGAAAACAUCACCGACAUUGAAGAGAAGCGAAGUGUCAAAGAGGAGGAAUAACUUCAGAGAAAGAGCAUGAGCGCACCAUCUUCAGGUCGGAAGACCCCAGUGGACCACGGCGUCCAGAUCCGCUUCAUCAAUGACCUCUACGACACAGGCGGGGGCCAGCCAGGGCCCCAGCCCAAGACUAAACCCAAGACCCAGACAUCCAAGUACGGCGUGGCGGUCAGGGUGCAGGGUAUUGCUGGCCAGCCAUACGUGGUCCUGAAGGACGGAGAGAAAGGAGACUCGUAUGGGGUCCAGCUCAAGACCCAGUACCACUCCGGUUACAGUAGCCUUCCCCGGAGGAGAGAGAGGGCGGAGCCAGGACCACAGGGGCCAGAUGUAGGAGGGCAGGGAGGGGCACUACGCCGGGCCCAGUCCCAUGGGUCACUGCUGGACAGGGACGGAGAGGAAGAGGCAGGCAAUGAGGAUUUUCAGCUGUCUAGGCCACCAGGGGAUGGGAAGUCUGGUAGUUAUGGGAAUCUGGAUGGAGGAAUAGGAGUGAGGGGGGAGAGGGAGCAGGUUCGGCGUGUCGGGGGUCGAGAGGGGGGCGUGGAAAGGAAUAUGUGGGAUGGUUCGUACAAAACGGGGCUCAACGGGUCGCUGGGGUCAGCGAGGAGCAGUCAGCCUUACCCUGACCCUCCUCAACAAACAAAUCAGAGACAGACUCCUGUCAACAGACUCAUUAACAGGUUCGAUGGUGGCAACACUGGAGGCCAACAGAGAGGACUCCCUGCUGAACAACAGGAUCCCAGAGCUGCAUCUCCUCUCCUUACCCCCAACCCUUACACCUCACCUCCGUCCUCAACUCACAGCAGCCUGGGACGCAGCCAGGCCCAGGCAGUCACCCAAUUUCCAGGACACUCCGCUAAUCAGUGGACUUCACCGGGGAGAUACGCCGCUGCAGAGACGCCGCAGGCCAGCCCGACUGAGCCACAGGUGACUCCUGACCUUUUGCUGGACCAGGGUCAGAGUGCAGAGACGGCCAGUGAGGAGGAGCAGGUCAUGCAGACCAUAUACAACAUCCUGAGACAAGGGACCAACGAGAGCGAUGUUGUCAUCAAGCACAAAGUCAAGGUCAUCUUUCAGAAGAUACAGAAUCUAAAGCCCAAAGAAAGACCUCAGGAAGAGUGGAUGAGAGAAAAGAGGGAGCUUGAAAGAAAGAUGGUUGAACUACAAACUGCCCUGCAGAAGGAAAGGAGGGACUCUGUUAGCAAUUCUGAUCCUACUCUGAAAGCUGAGCUGGAGUCCUGUCUGGAUGAAAAUCUGCAGCUCCGGGAGAUGCUGGACCGGAAGAAGAAAGAAUUAAAUGAAACACAAUCAGAGCUGACUCAGCUGCGUAUGGACAGGGAGAACGCAGAGGCUCGGGUCAGAGAAAUGGAGGACCAGCUGGCUGAGUUUCAGGAUGAACUGAGAAGAGAGAGUGGCAACAAGACGGACCUGAUGUCUUGUCAGACGCAGCUGAUGGAGGUGUGCCAGCUGAAACAGAAGCUGGAGGACACGCUGAGACAGAGAGAGAGGGAGCUAACGGCUCUCAAAGGAGCUCUGAAGGAAGAGGUGGCCACACACGACAAAGAGAUCGAGGUGCUCCGAGAGCAGUACAGCGUCGACAUGGAGAAGCUCCGCAGCAGCAUGGAGCAGGUGUCUCAGUCUCACGCAGGGAUCGAGUCGGAGCGGUUGCGUGUGAAUGCGUCAGUUCGCUCCCUACAGCAGCAGUUGGAGGACUGCAGAGACGAGAGCAGCCACUGGAUGGAGCAGUUUCACGCCACCAGAGACGAGCUUCGAACAACAAAACAAGAAGAGCCACCCAGCAGCCCUGAAACACCACUCCUGCAAGGCCGUCUGGAAAAAGAGGAGUUUGAGGAGGAGCUAAAGGAGCUCCAGGACAGAGUGAGCACCAUGAAACAGCAGAUACCGGACCCUGGCCACACAAAGACUCUCAACCAGGAACUUCAGCAACACAAUGCUGAUCUACAGAAGGCCAAGUCUGAGCUGGAGAAGCAGAGGACGAAGUUUGACCAGAAGGUCAUGGAGGUCAUCUCCAUCAAGAAAUCUCACCAGAACCAGGAGGCAGAACUGAAGUAUGAGAUUGACAGGCUAAAGGACCAAUUACAGAGGGCCAGAGAAGAUACUGCCAAGGCACAGGAGAAAAACAAACGGCUCCCAGACCCAACCAUCAUCUCAGAGCUGGAGCAGAAGCUUGGUGAGACACGUGGUGAAGCUAGCCAGCUCAAAGAGAAACUUUCAUUAGCUGAGGAGGAAGUGGAGGCCAGUAAAACACAUCUCAAUAGAGCUCAGAUGGACGUGAAAUCGCUCCAAGAUGCCCAGCGGGAGCAGGAGGAGGCCAACUCACGUCUCAGAGAGAAACUCUCACGGUUAGAGGCUCAGCUGCAGACCACCGCCACAGAGAGCUCAGAGGCAGAGAUCGCCCUCCACACCGAGGUGAGAGGGUUGAGAUCUGAGCUAGAUGAGGCCAAGAGAAAAGCUUCCCGAUUGAGCCAGGAGCACCGUGAACUCAUCCUGCGUGUGGAGGAUGCGGAGAAAGACAAGGAGACACUCAAACAGGCCUUCAACCAGCUGGAAGAGAGCAAACGACAGCAGGAAAGAGCUCUGGAGAAACUCAACAAAGAGUAUGAGUCUCUGACCGUGUCCUCAAAAGAGGAGACGCAGACUUUCAGGGUUCAGCUGGAGGAGCAGAGAGAGAGGGCACGCAAGGAAAUGCAGGAGGCGCAACGUCACGGAAACGACGCUCAGAGCGAACUGGAUAGAAGUCAUAUAAAUCUAAGGAGACUGGAGGAAGAGAUGUCACGACAGAAGAAGGAGGUUAUGCUCAUAUGUGAGGAGAGAGACAACCACCAGCUGGAUAAAGAGCUUCUGACCAACAGACUGCGCCACCUUGAGGGAGAGAUUGAGGCCAGCAAAAGCGGCAACAGUGAGAAAACCCGGGAGAUUCGCAUCCUGGAGGACAAGCUGAAGCGCGUGGAGUUGGAGCUGGAGGAGGAGAGAAGCAGCGCGGAGAUGCUGACAGACCGAGUGGCCAGGAGCAGAGACCAGAUCGAUCAGCUCCGCUCCGAGCUCAUGCAGGAGAGAUCCUCCAAACAGGACCUGGAGCUGGACAAGAACGCCAUGGAGAGACAUCUGAAGGAGCUGAGGAGUCGUGUGGCCAACAUGGAGGGACAAUCUCGCUCCUCAGCGGGAGUCUCCCAGCUGGAGAACAAGAUCCAGGAGCUGGAAGAACGCCUACGGAUUGAGGAAAGGGAGAAGAACUCUGUGUUGGCGUCUCAACGACGUCUGGAGAGGAAACUAAAAGAUCUCAGCAUGACGCUGGAUGAGGAGAAACAAACACACACUGAACAGAGAGACCAGCUCGCUCUGAGAGUGAAAGCUCUGAAGAGGCAGGUGGAUGAAGGAGAGACGGAGCUGGAGAGGAUAGAUGGACUCAGGAGAAAGGCCCAGAGAGACAUGGAGGACCAGAUGGAGCUCAAAGAGGCCUUGCAGGCCAGAGUCGCAGCACUGGAAACUGAGCUCAAGAGGAAAACCCAGGCAUCAAUGCGCACAGUUUUGGAUUCAUCAGCCCUCAGUUCAGAUGAUGACGACAGCCUGUACGAUCCCUCCACCAUCACCUCCAUCCUCACUGAGAGCAACCUCCAGACCAGCUCCUGUUAAAACGGCACUUCAGGGACAUGGUGAGGGUUGGAAAACAAUGGAGGUACGUGUAGGUUAGUUGAUUUGUGGACCGGGAGUAAAGCCAAAAGGCAGAGUGGUACACACUACAGACAAUGAGGGAGGGGUGCAAGGAGCUGGGAGUGAAAUGAAAUAUAGAGUUUAGUAGGGGAAUGAUUUUCCACACCAGAGUGAAUGGAAGGAAGUAAAACAUCCUCUGCAUUUCACGGUAUUUCCUUCAGGCUACAAUCAACACAGAUGUUACUCCACGGUACAGUUGGAAGGACUCCAACAUACAAAAACUCCUACUACCGCACACAAAGUCAGAAACUGGAUUGCAAGGAGAGAAAUGAGGCUAGAAAUGAAAAAUACCUCUUGCAAUUUUUGAUACAAAUUCAGUAUGUCAAACCGUUUCAGGGUUGACGUUCUGGGUCGAGCACUUACGGUACGGUACCAAGUCUGGCUUUGACUGAACAAGCAAAAAUACUCUCAUCAUCUCUCAGUGUGACAGUUUACCUGUUGGACUACAGCUUUCUCCGUAGCAGUGCCUUCAACUGACUGAACUCACAAAUUCUGCACCACGGCAUGCAUGCACAAAUAUGACUAACAAACGUGGACCAAACACUGACAUUGAGUGGAUUCAUGAUCACCACAAAGAGAAACUAUAAGCAAUAAAAAAAACACUAUAAUUCUCAUGCUGGUUUUUGGUUUAAAAGUUAAAUUUAAAGGGACUGUUUGUAACUUUUUAAGCGUAUAAAUGUAGCGGGUCAGCAC